GAGUACCCAGGAAACCCUGUAGGCUGACCAGAGCCGGGCCUGGCCUGAUUUCAGGGCUCAGGAGGCCGCGGGCACCAUGCUGCGGGUCCUGGUGGGGGCUGUCCUCCCUGCCAUCCUGCUGGCUGCGCCCCCACCCAUCAACAAGCUGGCCCUGUUCCCGGAUAAGAGCGCCUGGUGCGAAGCCAAGAACAUCACCCAGAUCGUGGGCCACGGCGGCUGUGAGGCCAAGUCCAUUCAGAACAGGGCCUGCCUAGGACAGUGCUUCAGCUACAGCGUCCCCAACACCUUCCCGCAGUCCACAGAGUCCCUGGUGCACUGCGACUCCUGCAUGCCCGCCCGGUCCACGUGGGAGAUUGUGACCCUAGAGUGCCCCGGCCAUGAGGAGGUGCCCCGCGUGGAGAAGCUGGUGGAGAAGAUCGUGCAUUGCAGCUGCCAGGCCUGCGGCAAGGAGCCCAGCCACGAGGGGCUGAGCGUGUACGUGCAGGGCGAGGAGGGGCCGGGCUCCGUGCCUGGCCCCCACCCCCACCCCCGGGGGCAGGCCCCAGAGCCUGAGGAGCCCCCCGGAGCCCCCCACACCGAGGACGAGGGGGCUGAGGACUGACAUGUCCCCCCAGCUCUUCUUCCCCACCUGUCCCCCUGUGGAAUGUCGGGUCUCAUCCUCUAGUAGGGGGAAGCCAGGGGAAAGGCCGGAGCCAAGCCCCGCUACUCCUCUCCCCGCCUCCUCCCCACCUUGGCACUGGAUGGACUUGGAAUCUGACUUGGACUUGGAAUGCUGCUCAGUUGCCAUGGAGACCUGAAGGGGCGGGGCUGGAGCCAGGCUGCACAAUUUAAUAUAUGCAAGAGGUGGGGUGGGGGCGGGGAGCUGAGGUCUUCUGGGCUGUCUUUGGGGGAAGGUGAGGCGCCCUUCCUUUCUGCCUUCUAGAGCUGUACCCUUGGGAGCUGCUGAGGAGUGAGGGGAGACCCUGGAGAUGGCUACCCCACAGGUUCCUGGUGGGGCAGGAUCCCCUGGGGUGUGUGUGUGGGGGGCGCUGAGGACGGGUCCCCGGCUAGCCUCUGCCUUGCAGGAAGCAGUGGGCUAGGAAGACCCUCACUGACAGAGGCAGGCAGAGUUUGGUUUUGGUUUCUGUCUCCUUCCCCAGUUGAAGCAUCACCCCUUAGGACACGAGUCUCCUCAGUGCAGUGCAGGGGUCAGGCUGGGGCAGGACCCUGCUGACACUCUGGGCCUUGCUCUGCCAGCAGUGGCUUGUCUGCUGUUGGGUGGGGGGGGGGGGGGGGCAAACAAAGAGCUUUGCUGGCCAGAGGGAGGAGGCGGGCCUGACCAUCAUGGACCGGACAUGACCCCUGCCCCCCUCCUGUUGUACAGCAUCCAGUGUCCCCCCUGCCCCUGGGGACUCUGGCAGAGCAUCUCUCCUGGUAGCUGAGGGCAGGCCAGUGGGACCUGAGUAGAGUCUCUGGGGACAAGGAGGCCCCUGGGGGAGGGGGGCCCAUGUUGGCCUCCUACCCCCCCCCAUCUAGCUCCCAAUUCCCCUCCCCUUCCCAGCUGCACUUUAACCUUAGAGAGAUGGGGGGGUGGGGCAGGGGCAGGGAGGUGGUGAGGAGGACCCUUCUUUGUCCCUUGUCCUCCCUGUGUGGUUCCUCUGUGCCCAGGGUGCUGCCAGCCUACCAUCCUGUCCCUGGCGCUGCCCCGUCCACGGCUGUUCCGACAAGAGCUUUUGCAGAGCUUGUGACCAGUAGACGUCUUCUCACCAAUAAAUGCCUUCAAUGCC